ACGCCGACCGGAUGUUUGCCGCUCUAGCCAUCGCCUCGAAGACUCCCUACUCCAGCCUUCUCUGGAGCCACGGGACUUCUUCCCUCCAGAGAUGGUGAGGUUUAAGAACAGGUACUUCCUCUGCGAGAUCCUCUCUGAAGACCCCCGUUGUCGCCAGCUUAUUGAGGAACGGACGGUGCACACUUCAGUGAAAAAUGCCAUUGCGAGGAUUCAUGGAGACUUUGGACUGGCCUGUUGCUCCAUCGCUUUCUCAAUAAAGUACCUCAACGCCUACACAGGAAUAGUUCUCUUGUGUUGUCGGAAAGACUUCUACCGGCUCCUUGGGUCAUCUCUGCCUUUCAUCACUCACUUAGAAAACAAGAACCAGCGCUAUCCCUGUUCCUUUAAUACCCUGCAUGUUGGAGCCACAGUACGCACGUGUCAGAAAUUCCUAAUUCAGUACAACAGGGACCAACUGCUGUCGCUGCUACGUAACUGCACCAGUGAAGCUGACAGACAAGCCAUCCAGAAGUCAGUGCAAAGUUGUGUGCUUGCAGGAGAGCCGUUGUUUGAGAGUCAAGAAGACAGUGAUGACAGUAUGGAGACGGCUUGAGCUGUUCUAUUUCAGAGAUUUCAGCAGACAAUCCAAAUGGAGCUUGCCAGCAAGGGUUUCAAUCUCUCCACUCCUGCUUCUGUAUUUAUUUUACACGCUCAUUUAAACCUUUUCCUGUUGAUACAUUUCUAAAAGCUUAGCUGAAGUUUUAGUGACUGCGGUGCUAAAAUUUGGGGACAUAAUUCUUACCUGAGGCACAAUGCUCUCAUUUUGCCCCCUUGCACGUGGGUACUGAUUUGAGUAGAAGAUGCCUAUUAACUGUGACAGAGAAACAGAUUGAGUCUCCCUUAACCAAAAUGAUUGGGACCAGAACUGUUUUGAAAUACUUGUAUAAACACAAUGAGGUAUCUUGGAGAGGAGGGCUCAGUCUAAACAUGAAAUUCAUUUGUUUCAUAUGUACUUUACACAUAUAGCCUGAAGGUUUUGUGCUAGAAACAAAGUCUUGUGUACACUUCAGUAUCAGAAAGCAAAGGUGUUAUUAUCUCAGCCUUGAGGACAACUUUUCAUUUUACCAUAGUUUGGCUUUUCAGAUAAGGGAUGCUCAGCUAGUAGAUCCCAAAUGAAAGGAGGUUGAUCGAUAAGAGGAAGUAAACUGAAGCUAUGGAAACACA